CUUCAGCCUCGAAGGCAUCAAAAUCCGUUCGACUUGCCAACGCCCCACAAAAUCUGAAACACGAAGUAGUAACCCCACCUAUUGGUGCAAACAUUUCCCGUGAAUUUGUACUUGCGACGCCUUCUAGCAAUGCAGCAAACAACAAGAUUGGUGGUUCCGUUCUGGGCUCAUCGUUCACCCUUUUCAAGCAUCAAGCGAUGGAUCUCGAGUGGUUACUCGCCCGCGAGAAAGCAGGACAAGGAGGCUCAAUACUCGCACACGAGAUGGGUCUUGGAAAGACCGUAACUUCCAUCGCGUUGAUAAAGACGACGCUCCAAGAGACGAAAGCAGCAGAUCUCGAGAAAUCGCCUGAGCUUCCUUUUAGGACUAGUGUACCCGUGAAAGCUCCCCCUAAACGACCGAAGACAACACUGGUUGUUGUCCCUAGUGUAUCUCUCCGCGAACAGUGGAUGCGCGAAAUUGGGAAAUUUGGUGGCGGGCUAACAGCGAAAGUUCAUGACGGGCACAUGAGUGUAGACGCUCUCACGGACGCAGAUGUUAUCAUCACCACGUAUCAGCGAAUAGAACGUCGAAUGAGCAAGGAUCCCAAGGAUCCAGUUUUUUUGGCACGCUGGUCCCGUGUCAUUUUAGAUGAAUCGCAUAGGAUUGUGGGUUUAGGUGCUUGGUACAAGGCAUGCAUGGCUUUACAAAAGCUUCAAGGGCUUUGUCUUACUGGCACCCCGUUCGUAAACAAGCUAUCCGAUGUCCAACCCCAGCUCAGAUUUCUUGACAUCACCAAUGAACGGGGUCCGGCUGCCGAAAGCACCGCUUUCGCUGUGCGCGGUAAAUGUGGAUACUUCUCCAAGGUUUCCGCACAUGCAGUUGCGGAUCUUUUUGCGGAUUGUGCGCGAUACAGGAGAAAGAUGGAUGUAAUUCAACUUCCGAAUCUAGAAAUCAAGACUGUUCAUGUGUGCCAAACACAAGGGGAGAAAAUGAUACACGAUUGGGCUCGUUCCAGCAUCAGAGAUUUCGAUAUCGGGUGGCUGAGAGCCAGGCAAGCAUGCGAUCACCCAUUGCUACUCAUGGGCGUCUUGGGACAGAUAAUCGAGGAGCAAGGUCUGGAUGCUAAUAUAACUUCAGGUGCAGUGGACAUGUACGGACGUGGACUCGGUCCAGAUCCGGAAGUUCUCCCAUCAAACCUUCAGCCAUUCGCUCGGCUGUUUGGACAUGCGUAUGUCUCAAGUAAAAUCCGCGCGGUGACAGAUAUCAUCACAGGGGUACCAGAAGGCCAGAAGGUGUUGGUUUUUUGCUGCUUUAGGGACACGAUGGAUCUGCUGGAGGUCCAGAUCAAGAAACUGAAAAUAGGCGUGGGCCAAUUUCACGGCGAACUCUCGACCAAACAACGCAUGGAAGUCCUCGAUUCUUUUGCGGACAAUGCCCGCAUGAAAGUGCUCCUAAUGUCCAUUAACGCUGGUGGUGUCGGACUCAACAUUACUGUCGCAAAUCAUGUUAUUCUCGUUAACCCGUGGUGGAACAGUUGCAAAGAGGUACAGGCCAUUUCUCGGUGUCACCGCUUUGGCCAAGACAAGACAGUUUUUGUGUAUAAAGUUAUCACACAGGACUCUGUGGAGACUGAUGUUAUUAAGCGUCAAGAAGAGAAGAAGGAUGUUAUUGAAUAUGUGCUGGACCUGAUUGCACUUCCCCCUAUCCUCUGAGCUUGAGAAAAUGGUUUAUAACCCUACCGCAUAUAUGCAAACUAUUGUGCCACCAUUUCUUGCAACUCGAAUACCCACUGCACCAUCCGUUGAACAGAAA